CAAGGCCUUACAUGCUGUAUCGGUUUGUGUCCACUAGAGAGCACUGUGGCAUUGCAAAUGGAUAUGUUGCUGUGACUUGAUAAUUGUCAAAUUUAUUCAACUUUCACAUGUUAGGACAUCAUCCUACUAAGAAAAAAUUCCAAAGAUGCACUUCUGCUCAUUGCCUACCAAAUCAAAACGGAACAGUAGUUUGUUGUCUAUUUUUGUGAUUUAAAACCAACUAAAUGUUAAGUGCCUCAUUGUGAAAAACAAGGAUGCAUGGCAAAUCUGGAAAGCAUGGCAUGCGUUUGUUUUUAGUCCCUUUCACUGUACUAAAAAAAUCCACUGCCUUUAGAGUCACUCUGUCUGUAAAUAUUAUCAAAUUGUGUAAUUUAAUCUCAGUAUAAAUCCAGGAUGGUGCUCUUUGAGGAUCACGGAUAUUUGUGAGAGAAGUGAGUUAGAUCGUAGAAUAUUCUAAGAUAAGAAAAAUGCAAAGUCCAGUGUAACCCUAAGUUAAAUCUAAACCUGAUAGAAAAAUAUGCAAUAAUGUUGGUGAAUGACACAAAAAAUAUGACUUACUAAAUAUAAUUAAAAAGCACAUGCACAGAAACCUAAAUUUAAAGUAACCUAUUAACUCAGUGGUCAUUUAUUUGAUCUUUUUUUUAUGGUGCCUUUUAAUGACAAAAACUUAAUGCAUUGUUCUUAUCAGCUAACAUUUAUCACAGUCCAGACAGGCAAGACUUGACAAUUAUAGUUCACGUUCUGUUUUAUUAAAGUGUAAUGUGUCAUCAAGAGCUCUAACUACAGACCACAAGAAAAAUGUAACUAUAGAAAUAGGAGGAAACAAAUCGAUUUUUCAACCAGCUUGUAUCACAAAAGGCUAAAAGUUAGUUAUUUGCUCAUUUACUAUUAAGAGCUACAGAUCUGAUUAACUUCUUUAGAGCUGAAUGAAUGAAAAUGUUAUAUAGCUUAGCAAACAAUGGGGUAUUUCUUAUGAGUGUCAAAGAAGAUUGAGAGAGGAGGUAAAAGCAACCAUAAUUGCGCAAAAAUAGCUUUAGAAUUUUUAUAAGACCUCUAGGUAAACUGAACAAUAGAUCAAGAACAAUUCACAAGGAAGUCAGACUCUUGGGACCUUUAAAAAAAAUGGGGUGUGGUCCAGGGCUUUUUGUGCAUUAUUGUUGACCAUUACAGGGGACAUGAGAGUACAAAAUUUUCCACUGCCUUUAAUUCUAACAAACUGACUUAUUUAUUCAUAUAUUUUGGAACCUCAACGUUAUGUCGUGAUGGACUAUUUGAAGUGCUUGUGUAAACGCCUAAAGGUCACAAUUAGCUGUUUUCACUGCAACAAUGACUAAUCCACAGAAAUGUUGCCCCUAUUUUCUUUGCAGCCCAUGAAGCAUCCAACAAUAUAUUUCUAACAUGUUUCAACAGAACCCUUCAUUUAUGAGAACUGAUAGGAGACGAAAAUUUUCCACACUAACGCAAAUGCAGUGACUCGAUGCGUCUCUAAAAUAUCGCAACCAAUGGGCGUGUUUUCUGAACACGGUCCAGAUGUUAUAAACGGAAUUAAAAAUGCAUGUAGCAGUGGGGCACGCCGUAACACGAGGGACUUAUGCAGAAUUGUAUCUCCUGUCUCAUGGCAUCUUAAACCAUCCCAUCCACCUGUCAGUGCGAUCCAUGACAGCAGACCCCCAUGGCUCUUAACAUCCCCGGUGUGGUUGCGGUGGUGCUGUUCUACAUCCUGAUCCUGGGCACGGGAGUUUGGGCCGCCCGAAAGUCCAGGAGAGCCGAGAGGAAGAGCAGUGGAGACAGGACAGAGGUGGUGCUGCUUGGAGACAGGAAUAUCAGCCUGGUGAUUGGAAUAUUCACCAUGACAGCCACGUGGGUUGGAGGAGGUUUUAUCCUGGGUGUUGCUGAGGCUGUGUACACUCCCGAAAUGGGCUUGAUUUGGGCUCUGAUGCCCAUACAAUACUCAGUUUCCUUCAUUGUAGGUGGUCUUUUCUUUGCCAAGCCAAUGAGGGAGAAGAAAUAUGUCACCAUGAUGGACCCUUUCCAGGAAAAGUAUGGCAGAGUGCUGAGUGGGGCUCUCGUGCUGCCAUGCAUGUUGGUGGAUGUGCUCUGGGUGUCCUGCACUCUGUUAGGACUGGGAGUGACUAUGAGCGUGAUACUGGACUUACACUUUGGCUACUCAGUGUGGAUCUCAGCAGCGGUGGCCAUCGUCUACACUCUGUUGGGAGGUCUUUAUUCAGUAGCCUACACUGACGUCAUCCAGCUCGCCCUCAUAUUCUUCAGUCUGUGGCUGUGUGUACCCUUUCUUCUACUGAACAAAACAUCUGUUAACAUCGCUGAGACGGCUUUCAACCACACAUUUCAAGAACCAUGGGUUGGAAGUCUGGAUAAAGACAGAGUCUGGAAGUGGAUCGAUGACUGGUUAAUGCUGGGACUUGGUAGUCUUUCAUUCCAAUGCUUCCACCAAAGGACGCUGUCGGCAUCUUCAUCAAGCACAGCCCAGUUAACCUGUUUUGCAGCAGCCUUCCUGAUUGCCAUUCUAGGAAUCCCUCCUGUUCUGGUGGGGGCUGUGGCUGCCUCCACAGACUGGAACUUGACUCAAUAUGGCUCUCCGUCUCCUCACCUCCGCGGGGAGCACAGUUUCGUCCUGCCUCUCACGCUGCAGUACCUCACUCCGCCCUACAUAUCCAUCAUUGGAAUUGGAGCCGUGGCUGCUGCCGUCAUGUCUUCCACAGACUCGGCUCUGUUAGCCGCAACUUCUGUUUUCUCCGCAAACAUCUACAAAAACAUCUUCCGUACACAGGCCUCAGACAAUGAAAUGCAGUGGGUGUUUCGGGCAUCAGUGGUAGUUGUGGGUCUUGUUGGAACAUCGAUAACAUUCUGCACCAACAGCACCCUGUUCCUCUGGAUUCUUGGAGCAGACGUUUCCUAUACCCUCUUGUUCCCCCAUUUGGUUUCUGUCCUUUUCUUCAGAGUGACCAAUGGUUAUGGCGCCACUGUGGGUUACAUUGUGGGGGUGACUGUGAGGAUUUUGUCAGGAGAAAACACUUUGGGCAUUCCUGUUGUUCUCCACCUUCCAGGUUGCACUCUUGAAGAUGGCAUCUAUGUCCAGAAGUCUCCUGUAAGGACAGUGUCCAUGCUGUGCACCUUGGCAGCCAUAUUGAUUUUUUCUUGGUUGGCUGUGGUCAUGUUUAACCACAGCUUGCUGCCUGAAAAAUGGGACGUUUUCAAAGUUAGACGUAUUGUCACUGAACCACCGGAGGACGGUGUUGCGCAAAAUCUGAAAGACGAAGGAGGAAAUUAUGAUGAAAGUGAUGAGGACAGCCGUGGUGUGGCUUUACAGCGAUUGUCACAAACUGAAAUAUAAUUGUUGUUCAUUCUGUAUGUGAGGUUAGGUUCAUAGUUAGUUCAGCUAUCGUGAACCGAAGCUGACAAAGAUUUUAGUAAGGCUCUCUGUUCUUGCUAUUUUCCAAUUUAUUUUGCAAUAGCAUUAAUUUAAAAUGUUUGCUCUCUAAACUUUUUAGAGAGCAAAAUGUUUAGAGAAGGUUUUGCUCUCUAAACCUGGAACAGUUUGUGUUUACAAUACUGUGUUCCUCAGAUAUCUUCUGUCUCUGCUUUUCUGCCAUUCUUAAACGUUUUGGAUAAAUUAUAUGGUUUUUCAUAUCAGACAAAGAUAUUCCGACAGUUUUCAGAUGAUUUUAUUUGUGAGUGAGAAAAGCUGUUGAAACCAAACCUCUAAACCUAAUAACUGUUUGUGUGCCACCCUUGAACGUGAUAACUGGAGUCCAUUACAUCUCCGUGGAGGAAUUUGGCCCACUGUUCUCUGUCCACUCGUUUCAGUUUAGCCACAUCUGAGGUUUUUUGAGCAUGACAGCCUGCAUGCCACAUCAAGUUGAAGAGAUUUAUGUCCAGGCUUUAACUAUGCCACUCCAAAACAGUUACUCUGGGUAGUUUGACUUAUUCAGAUGCGUAUUUGAUGGAUUUAAUGUUUGCGUUGCUGGCCUUCUGUAUAACCAAGUGGGCUUGAGCUUAAUGUCACAAACUGAAAGCCUUCAGAAUCUUCUGCUUGAGAAACAAAUCCAUUGUUCCAACAACUGAAGCUAAAAAUCCAGAUCCUGAAGAACCAAAGCUGCCUCUGACCAUCACACUACCACCACCGUGUUUGACUGUUAUGAUGUUCACUUUACAAAAUGCUUAGUUUUUCACCAGAUGUAACAUAGUGACUAUAUUUUUCUGGUUGCAAGGAUCAUGUGAAAUGUGAUUUUAAAUAAUAUUUUAACCAUCUUAAAUCAGUGGAUGCAACAAUAUUUGAUGUGUUUAAUGAAAACUUUUUUUUAGUUUUUUUGUUUUUGUUUUACUCAGGAUAACUUAGCCCGAUGUUUCAUUUUGUUUGAUAUUUGUAAACAUUUAUGUUUGGAAACAAAAAAAAACAAAAACAGAAGAAAUCCAUAAGAGCCAAAUACACUUUCACACAACUCUGUUGUUCAAACAGCUGCAUAGAAAUCUGAGCUUGAAAGCACAAAUGAAGAGAGUAAAGACGGUGUUUUGUAAUUAUACAGUAUUUACUGUAGGUUUGCUUAAACAAUCGUAGCCCUAAUUGGCUAGUCGUGUAGCAUUAUUCAGGUACAUAAACAUUGCAAUUAUUAGUUCAUGUGACAUUUUGUUGGUGAUUUUUUAUCUCUCUUACACCCUGGGAUUUGUUUGACAUUAUAAAAAGAAUCAUGUUUAGUCAUACAUGUGGACAUUUUCAGUGCGUUUAGAUACAACAAAAUGCAUCUAAAAGCACAUUUUAGAUACAUUUUGCCCUGUUUUUAUUAGAGAAAAACAGCGAUCAAACUGUGAAAAUCUGAGCAUGAGACAAAAUAUCUCCACUGUAAAGUACCUGUAACAUUCAUCAGAUGUGAGCCAAAUACCUGGAUGAAAAAAACAGUUUAAUCAAUGUUUUUAUAUCUGUAUGAUUCUUCACAUGUUCUUUGUAUACUUCUUUUUUUUUUACUUUUGUACUUUCUUGCAUUUCUUAAAUAAAAACA